AUGUCCACAGAUUCCGAGGAUGAGAGUCUCAUGGGCUAUCCCAUACGCCGGAAUGGCACAUGUGUGACCGGCGAAACGAUCCUCGGUCCAACUUGGGGCCCAUUUCAAAGAUGUUGUCCGGCAUAUACCACAAGCCCUGGAGGCGUACUACCAAUAUGCUGCCCGACUCAGCUUGAUUGCAGCAGCAAGCUACGUCGUAAAGCGCGCUGCGCAGAUCAUACAGCGGUUCUUUACUUUGUUGAAGAAACCGACGGUAACUUUUGCUGUGCAGAUGGUACUCGCGGGUUUCGUAAAACCGCCAACAAUAAUGUGGGCUGCGUAAAACCAGAAUACAAAUACGCCCUGAAAGAGGUGGAGUUUCUUCCCCCAGUUAGCCAAUAUCUUUUACCUACCUCUACAAGCUCGAAUACUGCUACGGCUACGCCUACGCCUACAGCUACGGCAGUCUCGUCGACUUCAGGGACAGACACGAACAACGCGAAGAAUAACACUGGGGCAAUCGCGGGUGGUGUGGUUGGUGGUGUAGGUGGCGUCGCCAUCUUGAUUGCGCUGGUCUGGCUUUUAUUACGUCGCCGAAAGAAGCAAGCUCAAGCUAGCCAAUCUACCGAACGUCCCCCAGUCCCUGUAUCGGAGCUGAGUGAUGCUACUCGGAUCACAGAACUGAGUGAUGGUAAUCGGAUCACAGAACUGAGCGGCCAAAGCAUUCCAGAGCUACCAGGAUCAGAGAAGCCGAAGCCCCCGCCUGCUGAAUUGGCGUGA